CGGAAUUCGUGGUCUAGUGCACACACGACUCCUUCCAAGGCGUUCUGCACAGGCGUCAACGCGUUAAUGACGAAAGAGUGUCGAGCUCACUCGCUUAUGGCAGGCAUAUCCUUAUUUUGAACCAUCACCAUGUCCACAAACAUGUUACACGGCGCGUCCAAGAUUCCCUCGCUUGUUGUAUCCCGUGGAUCGAAUUUAGUGAAAGGAUCGUAGCGCUGACAUAUCUCUGGCUACAAAGCGUUGUCUACGGUCAUGCGUAGCAAGUCUAGCCACCCGUCUGUUGUGCAAUUAAUCUGGGUGUUGUUGUGCUGCUGCAAAGGCUCUAAACGACUGUCAUCAGUCAAUGCUGUCACUCUUGCCAGGCAUCAGUCUGUUCAUGGCAGAUGGGUGCCACCAGCUGCCACCCCGGUACUUUCUCCCCCUGCUUAAUUUCGCACUAUACCAUGCUCUGGCACCCACUCGAACCGACCCGGGCCAUCCAGAAGACCUCCGAUCCUUCAUUUAGGCAUUGUUCUUCACCAGAGAGUGUAUUUUACCAUGGCAACCAGCCUACCCUCUACGUCGAGCUGUCCAAUUCGGUAUUCUCAUCCCUCGAUAAGGCUAUCAGUGUGUAACUUCCUUGUGAAAUUAUGAUGCCCCAUCAUUUGCCGCACAUUGGUAUAAAUCCCCCAACGUGAGAGAAGAUGCGUUCAUAGCUGCUCCCUUCGACGAACUCCGUCUUUCUCCAGAUUCCGUUUUCUUUCCUUCUUUUCUCUCCUUCGUUUCUUCUUUCCUUCGUUCAUUGUUUCAUAACAAAACACUUACUUUCUUUAGACGGGUUCUUUAGCAUCCGAACAUUAUUUGCCAGCAGGCCUGAGCCGCGCAGGCGCAGUGGAAUAUUUCAUUCAGCUUUUGACUUCGCAGGUCGAUAGCAGUCCCUUGACGACUAGCACUCCUCGUGUCACAUACUGUAUGGCACACCCCUCUCGCCCUCAAGCUCGUGUAGGACUUCCUUCCAGUCCUGCGCCUCGUUCUCGGUCACUUACAGCCCGAGCUCCCCGACCGGACGUUCCCUCGCGUCCAGCAAGCGCAGCAGGUCAACGCUCUCGCGUUGAUAGUGCCGUCGCACCUCUACCACCUCUUCCCCCCAAUCUCAAACCUCAACGAUUCUUUGCGGAUAUUCCCUCUUCUUACUAUGGGAGUCCUCGCCGUCCUGAAGUAAAGCGUAUUGCACGAAUUCCUCCUCCCCCAAUUCCAGUGGACCUCGCGCCAACGCCCUUUUCGAACCCAAGUGACGGCAAUACACCUUCCGAUUUUCUCGGACAACGUAAAGGUUCAAAUGCCUCAGUCGCUUCACUCGGAUCUGCUUCAUCGCGGUCUUCAGCAACUUCCGCCGCGUCGUCGACGUUCGACUCGAAGUCUCCAUUGAGCUCGGCGUCUUCUACGACAAGCUUGGAGGAUGAGGCGUACGUAGCAUAUGUUCCAAAGGAUGUGCCACCGCCCGUCCCCACGAAUUCUCUAGAAGGAUUUGGAACUGCACUCUGGAGUCGCGUUGCCGUAGUCGCUGAAAAUCUCACUGUUAGCGUAAACAAGGCGAUCGAGACUUAUGCUGAUCCUCCGACUCCGAUUGGACAAGAGUCGCGGCUCACUCGUGCAAUGAAAGAAUACCACCUCACGAAGGCCCGCGAUCCGUCCGACUUACCGGACUGGCUCUUCGAAGAUCGAGACCGAGGAGUGCUCGGUCGAUUGAAAAUCGCUAAUGCUACACCAGAUGACCUAUCGCGACCUUCUUCGACUGCAACCUCGCUUCCUCCCAUCACUGAUCCCCUGCCCACGAGCGAUCGUCUUCCCUCUCCAUGGGAGACUGAUAUUCGCGAAAGGAAAACUGUUUCACGGAUGCCAUCGAUGUUGAACGCACAACAGCCAUCCAGGGCCGGUACCCGCGUACGGUUUGUUCAACAAGUCCAUCCAAGACAAUAUCCUGGGGUUGUUGUGGAUGAAGGGUCUGUCAUUGGCACUGCCAAGGGUACGCCAAGUGCCACGCCUAUCUCACAGUUACCUGCGCCCAGAGAGGUGCAAACAAUUUUGCCCCCUCAGGCCCAAGUGCCUCAAGUGAACAAAGUCCGACUGCCCAACGUUGACAUUCGAGGCAAGCGUCCUUCAGCUCGUGGACUGCCAUCUGGUGUCCGCCCUAACAGGCGCAGUGAUUGAGAGUGGAGUUGUAGCUUUGUUUCGUGAUCUCUAUUCUUGAUGGUUUCAUCCUUUUAUUAUACGUACAGUGCCUUUCUUACAUAGGCUUACAUAGGGUUUAUUCGUGGCUUUUGCGUAUGUCGGGAAUCAAUUGAGGUUGUCGGGAUCGAAUGAAAAUAAGCUAUUGUCUAUUCUUGAGUGAGGUGUUGAUAAAGUCCUAUUCCUGUCCUCUGUUCGCUAUUGAAGACAUACAUAGGACGACUGAUAGCCGCAGUUAAGUCUUGGGCAGAACUGUUGCGAAGUUCAUGACUCGGGUGAUGGUGGAUGGCUAGAUCCCGCUAUUUUCGCGCCCGAUAGAUACGGCUGUGUGAUGCUCAUGUUCAUCUGCCAGGGUUGGUGGCAUCAUUCACAAUGGGUUUGGCACGUCGUAGAAUGUCUGUCAUUGGCGACGUUCACCGCAUGCAUGUAUUAGGAAGCCUGUGUCUUUGUAGCAACUGAAUAAUUGCGCAAAUGUAAA